AGCUAUAACAGCACCAUGAAUAUCCUGACCCUGAACAGCAACAUGGUGGGGCUCAUCUGGCUCCCGGACACCAUCUUCAGGAAUUCCAAGAAUGCUGACUCCCAUUGGAUUACAACGCCCAAUCAGCUGCUCAGGAUAUGGAACGACGGGAAGAUACUCUACACACUAAGGCUGACCAUAAAUGCAGAGUGCCAGUUACAGCUGCAUAACUUCCCCAUGGACGAACACUCCUGCCCGCUCAUCUUCUCCAGCUAUGGCUACCCGAGAGAUGAGAUGAUUUACAAGUGGAGGAAGAACUCCGUGGAGACAUCAGACCAGAGGUCCUGGAGACUCUAUCAGUUUGACUUCAUGGGACUACGCAACACUUCAGACAUAGUCAAGACAACAGCAGGUGAUUACGUAGUGAUGACAGUGUUCUUUGACCUGAGCAGAAGGAUGGGCUACUUCACCAUCCAGACGUACAUCCCUUGUAUCCUCACUGUGGUGCUCUCCUGGGUCUCCUUCUGGAUCAAGAAAGACGCCACACCAGCCAGAACAGCACUAGGGAUAACCACGGUGUUGACCAUGACCACUCUGAGCACAGUGUCCAGGACGUCACUACCCAGGGUUUCCUACGUGACGGCCAUGGACCUCUUCGUCACCGUGUGUUUCCUGUUUGUGUUCGCUGCAUUGAUGGAGUACGCCACACUCAACUACUAUUCAUACGGUGCCAGCCCCAGCCCCAGACCCAGGAAGACCCAGAGAAUGAACUACUCAGUGUUGGAAGUGGGACCCCCCCCUACAGUGAUCACGUAUAACAACUCCCUGUACUGGCAGGAGUUUGAGGACACCUGUGUCUAUGAGUGCCUGGAUGGGAAGGACUGCCAGAGCUUCUUCUGCUGUUACGAUGAGUGUCGAGGAGGAGGCUGGAGGAAAGGACACAUCCAGAUAGAUAUACUGGAGCUGGAUGCUUACUCCAGGGUCUUAUUCCCCACCUCCUUCACUCUGUUCAAUGUGGUCUACUGGGUUAGCUACCUGUACCUUUAGCAGGUUGAACUGGGGAGGCUAUUUCUACCUUCAGCAACCCGGAGAGAGAGAGGUGCCGUGGACUUUAAGAAAUGAGAGAGAGGUGCCAUGGACUUUUAGAACAGAGAGAGAGGUGCCGUGGACUUUAAGAACAGAGAGAGAGGUGCCGUGGACUUUAAGAACAGAGA